CUCGAGACGCCACAAUUUUGACCCCCUACAGUCCAAGCAUGGCGGCUAACCAAGUGGGAAUGCGUCGAGAUGACUCCAAGAGACCUCACGCGUACCUUCCGGGGCUCAAUUUACCAGCCAAUUUCGCUCUCCCUGACCUUGAGUUAGUCAGGUCUGAGGCUGACAUCGCCCUCGACGAAAUUCGCAGUCCAAGCAAGGAGGAAACAAUCACAGUCGUCAAGCCUGGUCUUGGACCAAUGAUAAUCAAUCAUGCGCUCUCGAGGAGCGUACAGUACCCAAACCUCUUCAGGUUUGCAAUGUACUGCGCCGUUGACGAAGUGCCGAACGACAUUCUCCCACAAUGCAUCUGGGCCUGCGAGUUCCACAUUCGCGCUCUGGAGACUUCCACAGUCGACCAACUGAAACACACGGGUGCCCUGCUGCCACAUCCGAGCGCAAACGUCCAAUAUACGCUGACAAGCCCAUGGAGGCGCUCCGUCACUAUCAUACCUUCAUGAAGACGAAUGAAGAGCAGCGAGGCGUCACGGACCCUUGGAAGGGUAACAUGCGAGGCUUGCAGGACUACGCCAUCGUUCUCGCGCGCUCCCGCACCAACGAUACAGAGGCGAAGAAGUUGCUCAGCAAGACGACCAACACCGGUUCAGGCCUCGAGCUGCGCCACAUCGUCGUCGGCAAGAUCUACCUCGCACGCGUUCUUCGCCGCCUGGGCGAGAUCAAGAACGCAGAGACUAUGGAAAAAUGGCUCAUCAAUUGGUUCAAGAAGAACCCAAACCGCAUCAACGACAACAUCCUCGUCCAACUGUUCACCACGGACAUCGACCCCAAAACGGACCCGGUCCUCUUGGGUCUGGGCGGCUCGGGGUGGCUGGAGGAGCGCAGGGCGACGCUGAGGUCAGAGCAUCGUAUCGCAAGGAUUUGCCGGAAUUGUGGGAAGAACUCCCGCGAAUGUCAGAAGAUCAACCACCCGUAUCACAAAGAAGCCGCCGCCCAACUCGCCCACAUCGCCAAACUCAAAGAAUCCGGGCAAACCGCCGAAGCCCGCCGCGCCGCCCAAUGGCAAGAAUUCCGCACCCUCCCCGCCCUCCCCGCGAACACCACCCUCCUCGCGCACGCACUCUCCCUCAAACGCGACCCCGCCCGCUCACGCACGCACAUCGUCGUCAAGGUCGUCCAGCACCAGCCGCACGCCACGCACGCGCACGACCACUUUCGCUUCACGCACGUCGGCGUGUUCAAGCUCGACGACAUCUACCCCGAGAUCGAGGGCAUCAUGGGGCUGAAUAAGGGCGAGGGGAGGGUGUAUAUUCGGGAGAUGCUGGAGGAGUUCGACGCGGGGCCGGGAAGGGAGAACAAGAAGGAGGGGGCGAAUGUGCGCUACCCGAUAUUCGAUCUGGCGUUCUCGCCGGAUCCGGGGCAUGUGCAGGCGUAUCUGUCGUAUGGUGGGAUGGACCAUAACGCGAUUAUGCGGAACCCGUACGACCCGGACUGGAGGAAGAAGAUGAACAGGGCCGGACCCCCUCCCGAGCCAGUUCGGUUCGUUCGCAAGAACAUCAAGGACUCAGAGCAUAUCUUUGACUGA